AUGAAACAAUUCUUGCAAAUGUCAGUCAAUCCAGCAAUUGUUGCUAAAAUCGAAGAAGGCUAUGCCAAACUUCAAGGAGCCAAGGAUUGCCAUUCUUUGCUCAAGAAGUACCUCACCAAAGAGGCUAUCGACAACUGCAAGAACAAGAAGACCAAGCUCGAAGCUUCCCUCCUUGAUGUGAUCCAAUCCGGAGUUGCCAACUUGGAUUCGGGAGUUGGCAAUGAG